GGAUAUUGGAGGCCCGAACCACUUCUUCAAACACUUACGGCACGGUAAUGGUUCGAGAUUUCUUCCAUACGUUAUCAUACAUCAAGAUAUUUGAGCUAACAAUCAAAUAGCAUGGAUCUUUAUACAAAAUUCGCAACAUCCGAUGAAAAGUAGAGGCCCUAAGCAACUUAUAAGUUACAAUACAUGUUGAUCAACAUGAAUCGAUUCAGCGAUGUUACUAUUUUUCUGAGUUAUUUUGAUGUCUAGAAGCUCAGUCAACAAAGACGUACCAUUUUUACCAUACUAUGUCAACUGGGCUUGCCCUUGGUUUCGCUGUUGAGAGUGCACCCUGGCACUUGGUUUCUCAUUUAUUCCCAGAUAAAGUUGGUGGGCGACCAGCUUGGCUAGCUCUUCAACACUUACCAUCUCCUAGUGAACUAGAGUGUCCAGUAUGUUUGAAUCCAAUGUGUUUUCUCUUACAGGUAUUGUCAGCAUCCUAACCACUUAUACUACCUAGAUAUACUCCCCUCUAUCUGAAAAACCUGACUGUUUUCAUCGGAUGUUAUUUUUAUUUAUGUGCCGAAAUAGUGAAUGUCAUUAUAAGCCUGAUUAUGUACCAUUCUAUGUGUUUCGAUCUCAGUUAUCAAGGCAAAAUUGCUAUUACAGGUAGUUAUGUAUUUUGUCGUAAUCCAUCUAUUAUUCCGAAGCUUCGAGCCUCCUGAGAACGAAUUUCCCAGUCGCGAAAUGGUAAACUCGAUGAUAAAGGCUAACUCUGUUCCAUGGGCUGGCAAAUAUUCAUCUAUCUGCCCAAUAUGUGGAUGUAAGGCAGACAAAACUUGUUCAAAGUGUAAAACCACUUCUUAUUGUUCUAAAAUGCACCAGGUUCUAGACUGGAAACGACACAAGUUAGAAUGUGGUUCAAAAUGUCGCGAUGUCAUGUUAUUAUUCGAAAAAAAUAGUUUCUUACUUCCUGAGUACCGUUUAUGUUCUGAACCUGCAGACAACUUUUCUUCAUAUGAUGAAAGUACUUCGGAAGAGGUGGAAAGUGACACUGAAACUGUAGACCUGGGAUUUCCAAAUGAUUCUGAAGUUAAAGCGCUUGAAUCUAUAGCCAAGAAAGAGACUAAAGAAGAAGCCAGAUUUAGAAUGUUUAGAGAAUCAAUGAAAUCGGCUCCUGACCAAGUCGUACGAUUUCAUAGAGGUGGUAAACCCAUUUGGCUGAGUAACAAUCCUAUAGAAGUUGAAAAAUGUGAAGUUUGCGGUGCUGAACGUGUUUUCGAAUUUCAGGUUACUCCUCAAAUAUUGUAUCACUUAAAAUUGGAUAAAGUUGGUGAAUUAAAUCCAGAUUUCGGUUCGCUUUACGUUUUUACUUGUUCUAAUUCAUGUGAACUUCCUAGAAGAAAAAAAUGUACAAACAACGCAGAAGUAUCGCCUUCUAAAUGUGAUAAUGCUUUUAUUGAAUAUCAACGUGAAAUUGUCAUUCGUCAAAUGGUUCCAUAAUUGAUUAACAAUUAUUUUUAUGUGAAGGGUUGAGGGGCUUGAUUCUAAAAUAAAAAUUGAUCCAAAUACAGUUUUGAUCAGUAGUUCUGUUGAUUAGAUAUUGAUAUAAAAUUGUGUAAAUCAGUAUCACUUUAUUUUUACAGUGUUAGACAUUACUUUAUUACCAUCAGUUAUUAUAAAAAGCGCAUAAAGUUCUCUUCCACUAUUCUGUUAAAUGUUGGAACGCAUCUGUUUUCGUUAUUAUUUAUUAUUAAUCUGUUGAUUUAAUCGAUUAAAAAAACGUUUAGAAUGUUAUUGCUACCACCAAACAGAUCGACAACCGUAUUAAAUUUUGGAGUGCUGAAACGAUAAUCCCUGUCUGUUCGUAUUAACUUGUAGCGUCUACACCAUUGAUAGGUCUGUAUCGAUGGUGUAAGGAGAUAAUUAUUAUCAAUAAACUGCAUUUAUGUUCUAUUGA